AUGUCGUAUAACAACAAUGAAAACAGCAAUGGCGGCUUCAACGUCCGCUUCCCAGCAAAGCAGCCCGCGAAAAAGUCCAUCUUUGAACGCCAGCGCGCCGAAGCGGAGGCCAAACGCAAGCGGGAAGCGGCUGAGACUGCUGCCGUAUACGAGGACUUUGUAAAGAGCUUCGACGAUGGCGGCAGCGCGCCAGCGAUGUCUGAACCGAAGCAGCAGCAGCACAGCCAACAGCCUUUCUCGGCCUCUCUACACCAACCCAAGGGUGGAUCGACUGCCGGUGCGACAGGCGGCCGCAGGCACUUUAGCAUACCUGCGUCCGCACACGGAGGCAUUCGACAUAGCGGUCCAGGCAACAACAGACCCCGCGAUGGACGGCCGGACCGACUGAGCGAUGUACGCACCCGGCUUGCCUUUGGUGACGACGACGAUGGCGAUGACGACGACACCGUCGACCGCGAGAAUGGCGACAGAACAAGAGGCAGAGACAAUGACGAAGAGGGCCAGGUCGUGGAGGACGAUGGGCCUCGGAACUUGACGUCUGGUGCCAUCGAUCGAGCGGAAGAAAAGGCCGCCUCAAAACCGACCAUGCGUCUCGCCAACAUGCCGCCCGGCACCUCACCCGCAGCCAUUAAGGCCCUUGUGGUCGGCAGCAGCCGUCUGACCGUCAACAACGUCCGCAUUCUCCCUUCGAGCGGCACGGCAUCGACCGACCGUAAGUCGGUCGCCGCUAUUGUCACGCUCGCGGCCGAGACGGCGGCCAGCGACAUCGAUGCCGCCGUCAGUGCCAUGCAGAACCGCUACCUGGGCUUUGGCUACUAUCUCACCCUGCACCGACACCUCUCUUCGGCUGUGGUGGCAGCAUCGUCUACAUCCAUGGCAACAGGAAGCAGCGCUUCUGCGCAACCUUUUGGUGCUCGGCCUGUCUCUCCGGCGUCAAAAACCGACAAUGCUCCUUCUACGGGUUUUGCGCCGCCCGGGUUUUCCCAGGGUGGCGGGCGCUCCUUCCAGGGUGGCCGUGGGAUGGGCAUCCCGCCACCCGCUACAUACAACAGUCCAGGCACCGCCGGUGGCAUUGCCCAUCGCGAGGGCAUUCUCCACGUGCCCGUGCGCGCGCCGCGUGACAUCAAGAAGCUACGUAUGAUCCACAAGGUCAUUGAACAGGUGCUUGACCAGGGUCCCGCGUUCGAGGCCUUGUUGAUGAGCCGCCCCGAAGUGCAGCUUCAAGAGAAGUGGGCCUGGCUGUGGGAUGCCCGGUGCGAGGCCGGCGUUUGGUACCGCUACCGACUGUGGGAGACCGUCACGGGGCUCGGGGCGCAGCAUGAGAAAUCCAAAGGCCACGCCAAAGGCGGCAAAUACGUGCCCCUCUUUGAAGGUGGCCACGCCUGGAAGACGCCGGACAACCCGCUGCCUUACGAGUUUGACACGAGUCUGACCGAGCUGGUCAGCGAUUCGGACUACGUCUCGUCCGAUGACUCGGACGCCGAAGGAGCGGAAAACACAACAGCAGCGGCUGCGGUGACGGACGACGACCAGGAGACGUUUUUGAAUCCCCUUGAAAAAGCACGCCUGACUCAUUUGCUGGCGCGUCUGCCAACAACCCUGUCCAAGCUGCGCAAGGGUGACAUCGCCCGCGUCACGGCCUUUGCUAUUACCCACGCCAGCCGCGGUGCCAACGAGAUUGUCGACCUGAUCGUCGCCAAUGUUGAGCGGCCUCUGGCCUACACGGCCGCCAACCCAGAUUACCGGGGGAAGCAGGUGGAUGAGCAUGCCCAUGCCGACGGUGGAGGCGAUGCUCUUGCCGAGGCUGACACCACUACCAACACCGACACCAGCAGCGCCCAACUCAUCGCCGUCUACGUCGUCAGCGACAUCUUGUCGUCCUCUGCCACCAGCGGCAUCCGGCAUGCCUGGCGCUUUCGCCAGCUCUUUGAUGCCGCACUGCACCGCCGCAAUGUUUUUGCCCUGCUUGGUCGCCUUGCCAACAAGUUCGGCUGGGGGAGGAUGCGUGCCGAAAAGUGGAAGCGCAGCAUCGGGCUGGUGCUCGGCCAUUGGGAGGGCUGGUCCGUCUUUUCAGCCGAAACCCAAGCCUUCUUGGUGUCGAGCUUUGAGAAUCCGCCGUCGGUCGGGAAGAGCGGCGACAACGACGGCGACGAAUUCCCACCAGCAGCCGCCGAUACGACGACUGAAUCCACCAAGAAGAGUCGAUGGAAGACGGUCGAGACGACAGCUACAGCGCCCACAGCCGAUGGGCCAGCGGCAUCAGGAUUUCGUAUCGUGGAUGACGCGAGCGCGAGCAGUGCUGCAGACGGAGGCCAGAUGGUCGUCGAUAGUGAGCAUGACACAAGCGUAAAGGAGGGCGCCACCACCUCUGUCACCGCCUACAACACAGACAAUAACGACGACGACGAAUGGGCCUAUCGCUCCGACUACACCGACGACGAGGCACUUGACUUGGCGUGCAUGGAUGACGAGGACAUUGAUGGCGAGCCUAUGGGAGACAUUGAGGAGACGCAUCUGCACGGCAUCCCUCUGACUAUGGAAGAAAUUCGAGCUCUCGUGGACGACCUGGACGACGAGAUGAGCGAAGAGGGCGAGAUUGCGACUGACGAUGAGGGCGACGAGGACAAGGACGAUGACUACGAAGCCUACGGUAUAUCUGAUCGGUCGAGUGGUAGUGGUAGUGAGAACGCCUACAGCAACGACAACGACAACGAUGGUGGUCUUCCUGGCAACUCACGCGACAUUGCAAUGCACGAUGCGCCUCAUGCACAAGGAACGGCGGCAUUGCCGGCGGCUGCAGCUGCGGCCACGUUCAUCGGGGAACGCAACCUGCCUCGGACACGCCCAGAACGCCAAGAACGCCAAGAACACCUAGAACACCAAGAACAGCCAGAACAGCCAGAACAGCCAGAAAAACUAGAACCACCCGCAGACACUGUGCAUCCGACUGAGAUCACCAGUGCGUCCUCGGCCCUUCCCAGGCCAUCAGCCAGACGGACCUCAUCCGUGCAGACCCCGCAACCGACCAGCACCGUCCGUAUGCAGGUCGGCUCGUCGUCGACCGCUGCAUCGACUUUCCCGCCGCGCAAACGUAUGCGAGCCGCCGAUAUGUUUGACGACUCGGGCGACGAGGGCCAGUCAUAG